AUGCGACCAACGGAGCUGGCAAACAGCAGCGAGGGUCCGGAGGUGGACAUGCGUGGGGAGUGGUGGGCCUGGUACACAGUGGACAUUGCCCAGCCCAGGUCAGGGCUGCUCCCCAUGGCAGAGAGCACCAAGCUGCUGGGCGUGAGGGUGGUGUUGAUCACGGCCUAUUGCCUAAUCAUCCUCUUGGGACUGGUGGGCAACAGUCUGGUCAUACACAUGAUUGUCAGGUACCGGCACAUGCGCACGGUCACCAACUUCUUCAUUGCUAACCUGGCGCUGGCUGACCUGAUGGUGGACACCCUGUGUCUGCCUUUCACCCUGGUCUACACACUGCUGGACGAGUGGAAGCUCGGGGCCACCCUGUGCCACCUUGUGCCCUACGCUCAAGCCCUGAGUGUCCACGUGUCCACACUCACCCUGACCGUCAUUGCAUUGGACAGACAUCGCUGUAUUGUCUUCCACAUGGAGAGUCGCAUCUCCCCCCGAGCCAGCGGAGCCGUCAUCGCCAUCACCUGGCUGGUGGCCGCGGUCCUGGCUGCGCCGCUCGCCAUCUUCCGGGAGCACAAGGUGGUAGAGUUGCCGCUCAUCGACGUGCGCAUCGUGGUUUGUUCUGAGAAAUGGCCGAACGGCAACAGCCAGGAUGGCACCAUCUACAGCGUCUCCAUGUCCCUCCUGCAGUACGUGCUGCCGCUUGCCAUCAUCAGCUAUGCUUACAUCAGGAUCUGGGUUAAACUGAAGAACCACAUCAGCCCCUGUGCCAAGGGCUCGGGCCAUUGCCGCAGACGCAACACCACCAAGAUGCUGGUGAUGGUGGUGGUGGUGUUUGCCGUGUGUUGGCUGCCAUUCCACCUCUUCCAACUGCUUAGUGACCUGGACAAGAGGCUCUUUGACUUCACCGAGUACAAGCUUCUCUACAGUAUCUUCCAUGUGGUCGCCAUGUGCUCCACCUUCGCUAAUCCCUUCCUGUAUGGUUGGAUGAACAAAAAUUACCGCAACGGUUUCAUCACCUUCUUUCGGUGCCGAGAUGGCCCAGCCCCCCAGAUUGAGCACUGCCGCUCGCCCCGGCCCAUGGGCCACACCCGGCCCUCGCCCAUCGAGGUGCAGGAAAGGAAUGUGGCCAACUGCUCGGGGGCGCAACAGCCCACAGCAGCCACCAUUUAA